AUGAACGGCGCCCUCAUGCUCAAGGCCACCGUGGACCAGAUAAUCACCACCUGGUCCUGGCUGCUGAGUGCCGAACAAGGCGGAGACCUGCCCGAGUUGGUCUUUUUAGCCUCCACUCAACGCGAAUUCUUCCUCACGACCAGCGACAAGACCAUCGAAGGGACUAAGAGGCGGGUGACCGCGGCGCUGACGUUCGAGGAGCAGGUGUUGGGAGUGGUGCCGCCGGCGGCGUUCCGACGGCGCGCCGAGGACGGGUUGCGGAUUCUGCGCGAGAUCCUGCCGGCGGCGCUGAUCAAGUAUUACCCGGCGCGUGCGAGUGAUCCGUGGGAGGACACGAUUGUGUUGGAGUCCCUGGGAUUGAGCGAAAGCCUCGGCAUGAAGUUUGGCUGGGGCACGCGUUGGGUUCGUGCGGCCAUGGUCGAGUGUGAGGGCUACAAGUACUACGCCCGCGUUGUAGCCGCCCUGCUGCGGCGGCGCUCCUAUUUCAACGACCGUCCAGCGCAAGAGAACCGGCCGCCGGUGGCUACGGCCCUGGUGCCACCCGUGCUGUACUGCGUCUCGCCGUUCCACGGAGUUCACGCCGACAAGGCGCUGCCGGAGCAGCUGCACGACGUGAAGUACCAGCUCGAGCUCCAUCCACCCGUCGAAACGAGCAAGGCGAUGUGGCGCGAAACGGCCACAGCCUUCCAGAGGUACAGCCGACGCAACGGUCGAGUCAAUGCGGCGGCGGUGGACGAACUCAUCGCCGUCCUCUUCGGCGAGUCCUCCUGA